AUGGAUAGUAUUAGUACCAGCUCUGGUUUAGUCCCCGAUUCAAUGACGGAGUCGGCGGAAAGUCAUAGUAGACAGACCAACGAUGGAAGUUUAGCGAUACAAGCCAAUGAAUUACCAAAGGCAUUAGCAGAAGAUCAAAACAAAUUUAUUCAUUUAGAUCCGGUACCUGAUUUUAGAGACAAGGCAGAAAUUAAACCAUGGUUACAGAAAAUCUUUUACCCACAGGGGAUAGAAAUUGUGAUUGAAAGAUCAGAUAAUAUUAAAGUCAUUUUCAAAUGUAAAGCCGCGAAAAGAGGUAAAAAUACGAAGCCCAGGCGAAAUGAAGUCACAACUACAAGUUCAAUGAGUGCAAGCUCUUCAAGUGUUACUAGUCCAAAUACAGGAUUAAGUUCAGCAGCAGGUAAAAAGAAAAGAUCAGUAUCGAGAUUCAAUACAUGUCCAUUUAGAAUACGUGCAACUUUUUCAUUAAAGAGAAGGAAAUGGAACAUAGUUGUUGUAAACAAUUCACACUCUCACGAACUAAAAUUCGAUCCUGAUAGUGAUGAAUAUCGUAAAUUUAAGGAAAAACUUAGGGAGGACAACGAUUGGGAUGCUGUAAAGCAAUUUGAUGAACUAGAAUAUAAAUCAAGAUCUAAUUUACCGAUUGAAUCUUCAUUGAUACCGUGUGAAUGUGGUCUUACCAGUGAAAUUGAAAGUUUUAGUAUCGUUUUACCAAGUACAAAGCCAGCUCAAAAUAAUAAUAGUACUGAUAGCCCUAGUACUAAUAUUACUAAUAGAAAUAGCGUUUCGAGCAUUGGCAGUGGAAUUGGGAGUAAUAGUAGCGGAAUGGCACCUGUAAUUAGUAAACCAAGAAGUAAAAAGUGGCAGCAGCAGCAACAACAAAGGCAUAGAGAAAAGUUGAUGAGAAAUCCUUCCACUGAGCAUCUUUUCACACAAUCACAAUUACAAUUACAAUUACAGCAGUUACAACAGGGUUGUCCAGUUGAAUUUUUGGACCCUUCAAUAUUUACGGAUUCAUUUGCAUCUUCGCCAGCAUCUUCAACGAUGGCAACUCAACCGCCACAACAACAACAACAGCAACAGCAACAGCAACAGCAGCAACAUUCACUCCAAUUGACUGAUCCUCUUACUGAAUUUAACGAGAUUGAUUUUACGGAUAUUUUCAAACCACAUUCAAUUCACUUACAAGAUGUACAUUCAAACACUCAACAAGAUCAUGGAUCGGAUCUUUUGCAACCAUCACAAUCAAGUCCUCCACAAUUUUUAGAUACCAAUCAUGAAACGGCUAGUAGAAGAGAUGAAUUUCCACCACUUUUAUUUUCACCGCUUGAUGCGGCUGCAAACGAGCUUAUGACCCCAACAGAUGAUAUGUCCGUAUCACCAUCACAUACAUCAAAUUCACAAAAUAAUAGUAGUCAGCGAUGGCCAACUGGCAUUUCUAUUCAUGAUCAACACCAACACCAACACCAACACCAACCAAUUUUACGACAGUACUUCAACGAUGAUGAGAUUUUAGCGCCAGCAAGGCUUGCCUCGUUAUGGCCACAGCAACAAGAAACGUCUUCAUCAAGUCCACUGCGUAGGGUGGUUAAUGCUGUCGAUUCUCAAUCGCCUUGUAAUGAAAAUGACUACGCAGUUGACGACCUUCUGUGGAAGAUGAAUUUCGAAAACGCAUAA